UCAAGCAUGAGGCGAUUCAUAAGAAAGUAGGGCUUGAGUGGGGAAGCAAUCCGUUGCGGAGCUUAUUCAAAGGGGUCUGUGGGUUGGAGAGCGUGGGACGUUUUGUAUAGGUAACAGAGGACCCCUUUGCGGUGGUGCCUAGAACGUGACUUCUUAGGGCCUCAACUCUUAGUUCCAAGCUACUUUGGCUCCACUACUCUCAGCUCCCCUUUUGUUGCGAGUCAGGUUUGUUUCCGUCUUAUACAUAUCAGGGAAGUACGGCGCGGCAGGAAGCAGGAACCGAAGGACAACAAGUGAAAACAGCAAAGUCUGACCAUGAGCGUCGCUGUAAUAAACCCUCCCGAUGAUCCGGCGAAUGUCGUGCAGUCGCUCGUGAACACACUCUUAGAUGUCUUUGAUGCCACGAGGGAUCUUUAUGGAACGCUCACGGCUAAAGAGCAAAGAGACUAUGAACAAAACCUGCGCAGCAAAGGGUACCCUGCUUCAAGGCGGAUCGAAUAUGUAAAGGAUGAGCGACUGGGUAGCGAUGAAGCUAUCGUAACAGAUAAAGCGGUGGUUAUGAGACAGAUGGAUAUUGGAUGUGAAGCUCUGGGGGCUGAAUUCGCCAUGGGCGAUGUAAUCGCGCAUACAGCCCUCCAGUCACAGAUCAUUACUCUCCAAAGCGUACUGGUGACGACGUUCCUGUACGGACCCACCUCCGGCGACACCAUCGCCCAUCAGCUGGCCAAUAUCAACGCGGCAUCUAGAAUAGCAGCUGCGACGUCGGUCGAGAUAUUGGCUGCGUUGCAGGAACGUCAACAAGAUGAGAGGCCACUUACUCCGAGGUCGAUGCACUCUUUUACGGCACGUUCGAGCCCGUCACAUGCGCCAUCACAAGCAAUGACUCUCCAUACAUCGCACGCGCCUUCACAUGUAUCGUCACAUCAUACAUCACGCCCGCCUUCGCAUGCGCCAUCACACGUCUCGUCUCACCAUACCUCCCAUGCGCCAUCGCAUGUACCAUCACACGUAACAUCCCGGACACGAUCUCGUGCGAAGUCUUUGACGGGGUCCCACGCGCCGUCUUAUGCACCAUCCCACAUCAUGUCGCAGGCACCUUCCCAUGCGCCUUCACACGUGCAAUCACAUGCACCAUCUCGCGCACUGACACUGCCUCAGUCUGGUGCUAGUGUGAGUUCAGCAUCCGCAGCUCUAACGAAGUAUCAAGAACCACGGUCCAGGAGUUCACACGUGCGAGGUAGCAGCCCAGUCAACACGACAGUGCUCGCAUGGCGAGACAACGUCGAACCAGAUCAGUCAGUCACCGACGCCACCUCCGUAACCGGACCUACCAUGGUCUCGAGUUCUAACAACCUAUACUGCGUAUACGCAUACGACCUUCAACGGAACCCGACCCAGCAACUUGCCUCCAAGAUUACAUCAGACCGGGAUCCCUAUUGUCCACACUGCAAAGGCGAACUCCACCUCUCACCAGGAAAGGCCUGGGAAAUUUCCAAAUGGGCCGACGACACAGAACGAACCUUUCAGGUCCAGAACCGCUUCGUCGUCAAGUGUCAUCGUGACGGACCCGAUGGCCAAUACUGCUGCGUCAUCUGCUCCAAAUACGCCGACUCGGAUACUAUUUGCGGCGAUGUUAAGGCUCUUAUCAAACAUCUCUCGGACGAUCACGAUACCCGGCAGCUCAAGCAUGAAGAAGAUAUUGUGGAGGUUAUUGAACAGCCGGCUAGUCGUAGGGACAGCGGGAUCGGGUAUUCUACUUCGACGCGAAGUAAGGGGAGUCGGAGAAGCGCUAGUUUGGCGGAGGGAGGACGGAGACGAAAGAGUCUGGCUGGAUACGAUCGCGAGCUUGAUUCGUUUGAUGGUAGAUUUUCGAGGAGGUAGUUGCGUGUUUGCGAAUUGGUUUUCUGGUGGUUUCAUGGGUAGUGCGGCAUUGCCAGGGUCUUUUCUUGUUCUUGCUGUGGUUCGCUUGGGCUUGUACUACCGCCCUCGUCUCUUUUGGUACGAAAAAUACGUUCCUCGUUUCUUAGCGUCAUCCUCCCUCUUGCGAUUAGCUUAGCAUAGGCGUUACCAUUUUGUACAAUUGCCUCAUCUCACAACCUCAGUCGCAGAAACCAGGAUACAAUUGUACAAUUCAAUUAGCCUACCAUUCUCCAAUAUAUAUCCCCUGUCCCUCGCUCCCCAUUCCCCAUCCGUCACCCCGCCGCAUCAGCCAUCCAUCACUCCCGCACCAGUCAAAACCCCUCUCGCGUAUAUGCUCACGCAGUCCGCACCACAAAACCAC